AUGGCUACCACAACUAUGCAUUUUGGUCCUGAGUGGAUGCGCACAAAGCACCAGCCGCUUCGACCUCAGCAACCCCCUUCUCCGCCCCCAAAUUCACAGAAUACUUUAUCAACCUAUUCGGCCCUCGUCUCCACCGUCCCUGGCGUUGAGAACGACAAGUACGACGACGCUCACCCGUUCCGAUACACCAAGGAGGAGUUAUUACGAAUCUACAAAGAAAGUCCCAAAGGAGGCCUAGGACUCGAGGUCGAGAGAUGGGAGGGCGUCGUCCGCGAGAUUGGUGCUGAACCUAUCGCACUCCGUGAAAUGGGGGAAGCAGAGAAAAAGCUAUUCUCUGGUCCUCUCAAUUCGGAUCUCCGUCGACGUCAAUCCACCGACUAUUUAUCCCCUUUGAAUACUUCGUCUUUGGGCGACCGACCGCGUUUGAACCAUGCACCCAACUCGGCCACCGCCAGUCCACUCAGGGAUCGCUACCCGGCACUGAAACGUCGCGACAGUAAUGCAGAUUCCCCCACCACCACGAUGCCACGCAAACAGUCUCUUUCGUCUUUGCAGGCGCCCAACGCCGGGUCUCGAAGCGCAGCCUUACCUUCGCCUCGUAACCGUCCGGGAUAUCCCAGUUUCGAUGGAGUGCUAAACACAGGGGACUCGUGGAGCUCUCGGCGUCGUGCAUCGGAAGCAUCUCAGACCACCAAACCUGUUGGCAUCGCGCGCGAGCUGAGUGGGGACACGGAAGACAGAGUUCAGCCGAUCCAGGAGGAUGGGGCAGAUGGGCAAAAUGGGACCGCCGGGAGCACCGAAUUACCCAGGGACGGGAAAACGUCACAGCCCAACACCGUCGGGGGACAGAAUGGCCAAGCUUCAAGUGAUGCCGCUCAGCAAAGUACUGCUUCAGCCAAUGUUCCCAACGCGAACGCUGGCUCUCAAGACCUCGCUGCUGUGGAAUGGUCCUAUAAAGAUCCAGCUGGUAAUGUUCAAGGCCCUUUCCGUGCGGAUCUGAUGCAGAAGUGGUUUGACGACGGAUACUUCACCAUGGAUCUCCCUAUGAAGCGUACACAACUGGACACCACUUGGAUGACGUUGGAAGAACUGAUAAAACGUGCGACUGUCCCAGACAAGAUGUUUUUGUGCCCUUUGCUCCCGCCAGGCGGUCCGCCUGGACUUUCACGACGAAACGACUCUCCUUUACAAACGGGCUCUCAAAACGAGCACAAUCCCUUCUCCAAUCCGUACCAACCCGCUCCCAUCCGAAAUCUGCGCAGUUCCACUUUGGACUCGUUGAAUGGAUCCAAUCCUACAGACUCACCGACGUCUUCCCUCGGCCACUUUGGUAACAAUUCUCCUGACUCUCUUGCCUUUGCCAAUCGCGUUAACCACGGGUUCACUGGAGAAGCCAACAACGCAGGCUUUCCAGGCGGGGGCGUUGAUUUGACUCCCCUCCGACAGCGCCAAGUAGCCGACCUAGUUCACGAUUCUCCUCUCCGCCUACAUUCGCCCUCCUACAAUAGCCUCAUCGGUAACCACCACCUUGGAUACGAUGGAUACGGAUAUUCAGGGUUCACACCUGUGCAAAGCUCGCCUUGGGGUACGCCAUCACAACCUUUCUCCAACUACAAUCACAAUGUCGGCUUUGGAACAAGCACUUUCGGUCCUACGUCUGCUUACGGCCUUGGCCACCACAAUCAAGCCAUAGGCAAUCAAGUCAAUCCUCAUUUAUAUGCGAAUCAAGACAUUCUUGGUCAACAGCAACAACUUCAUGGACAAGGCUACUUCGACCCCACACCCAUUGUCAACGGCGUCCUCAAUGAUCCAAAUGACACCUUUGCCACGAACCAACCCGAGCAAUACCAACAAAUCUCACCAGUGGAAGCCAAGGCUGACAGUUUCAGCCCAGAUAUCACAAACGCCAAUCAAGAUAAAGCCAAAUUAGACAGUCCGUCUACGAUUGCCCGUGCCCCCUCUUGGGAUGUCCCCUCUGAUAACACCGCCGCUCGAAGGGCCGGUCCUUUCGACGCUGUCCAACCAACGCCCUUGAACACUACCGUUCCAACCAUUCCAUCUCAAUCCUCUCCUUGGGGCCAGCCUACCAGCGCCAGCUUCCAGGGUCCUGCUCAGGCUAAGGAGGUUUCCCCUUGGGGGGUCCCUUCUCAAGGUCCUAACGAGCCUGCCUGGUCCGAGCCGCAGCAAGCUGCUCCGGAACCGACUGUGGAUCAACAGGGAGCAGUCGAGGAGCGUUCUCCCGUUGAAAGCCGGACUGCCCCUGCGCCUGGUGUCGAAGUGUCAGAGUCCACGCCGGAGCCUGCUGCUCCGUCUCCCACCAAAUCGAAGGGCAGCAAGUCCCCGACCACUGCAUCUACACCUCUCACUGAUGCAGGUGAAAGUACUGAAUCACCCGUCGUUGCUCAACCUCCCAAAGCACCUUGGGCCAAGGCGGACAAGAAGAAGGGCAAGAUGUCCACCACUAUAAGCCUUCGAGAGAUCCAAGAUGCUGAAGCGAAGCUGGCAGAAGCCCGCAAGGAGAAGGAGAAAGAACGUGCUCGACUAGCUGCAGCUGCCGCCGCGACUUCCGGCGAUUCUAAGGAAGACAUCCAACCUUUCACUGCCUCGUGGGGUCUCCCUACUUCACAGGCUGGUUCGCGAUCGACUAUCUUGCCUAAAGAAGUAACCUCUACCACUCCCACUCCCACCCCCGCAGCUGCGCCGGUAUGGACCUCCGUCGCAAAAGCACCCAUUGCAAAGAAGACCAUGAAAGAGAUUCAAGAGGAAGAGGAGAGGCGAAAGAAAGCGGCCGCGAAGGAAGUAUCUGUCGCAGCUGCACCGGUCAAGCGUGGGUAUGCUGAACAAGCAGUGAAGGCUACGCCAACGCAAUCCGCUGCUCCUAGUCCCGGUAAUGCAUGGGUUACCGUUGGCGCUAGCGGUAAACCAUCGACCCCCGUCGGCUCCGCUCCACGUCCAGCUGCUACGGUAAUCUCUUCAGUUCCCGCAGGCACGUCUUCGAUGAAGACGACCACUCCCUCGACUACAAGGUCUGCUGCCAGCGUUGCAAGGCCCUCGCCUGCUCCUGGUGCCAAGGUUGAGGACUUCCCUGUCUCACCAUCUCAUGAGUUUUUGAAGUGGUUGAGCGAGUCCUUGAAAGGUCUCAACAGUAGUGUCAAUGUCGAGGAGAUUAUCUCCAUGCUCCUUUCGUUCUCCCUUGAUCCGGACCCAACAACAAUUGAGAUCAUCUCGGACACCAUCUACGCCAGCAGUACCACGCUCGACGGUCGUCGGUUUGCUGCUGAAUUUGUCUCCAGGCGCAAAGCAGAUGCAGCCAACCGCAAGGGCCCUAACGCAGCUAAAGGACCCACUAAGCCGAUUUCAAUCGCAGAAGUAGUGAAGGCGACGCCAAAGACUGCUCAAUCGGAAUGGGGAUUCAAGGUUGUAAACAAGAAGAAGAAGGGUGGAAGGUCAUAA